AUGUUCAAGCUCGUCGCUGCAAUCUGCACGAUGCAGGAUUUAGGAAGUACGGAGUACGCAGUCCAGUACGCGGAGCGCAAUCCGGAUGGGGUCGCACGGUUCAGCACCCGAAACCUGGGAGGAGAGCAAGCAACCUUAGAAACGGUUGUAACAGCCACCACCAAUCUAGGAGUCCCGGCUAUGUUCUGUACAGAGUACAGUAUCUGGGUAAUCAUGUAUGAUGCUCCUUCAACCGGCCGCCAGGCUGUCGGAAGUAAAUCCGAGGCCAAGAAUCUCAAGUGGAGCUGGCCCGCUGAAUCCCGACCAAAGAUCUCUAGCGAGAGCAACGAGGCCAACGAUGCAUUACAAGUGCAGACUACACAGACCUCCGACCUCGCCAUUAGACUUCUCGUCCGAUUGAUAUUUAGGACUUCAUCCUCUCAUUACACGGCAAGUGUCUACGACACCGAGAUACCGCAUGCAGAGUACCACGAUCGCACUAGGAUGCUUGGCUGGAGCAUUGCCGCCGCAUGGUUGAAGGGCAUUGACCAUGAAGACUCCUGUUCGCGCAACAGAUUAAUGGCUGGGGGUCGGAGACUGCCAGUCGCUACUAGUACUCCCAGACACCAUGAGCAAUUGCACUGGGGGCCCAAAAUCCACAUUACAAUGUCACAGUGA